AUGGCUUUUACGACAACUACAGUUUCAGUUUCUGUUACGUUAAGUUCUGUUUUUUCCAACACCUCUACAAACACUUUUGCUGCUAAUUCCGGCAUGACGAAAGAUGAAAAUACUUUUACUCCAAAAUAUUUUGUGGAUACUACUGCAGCUAUGGUAGUUACUACUACUACCACUACUAUUACUGCAACUACUACUACUGCUACUACUGUCGCAGCAACCAAUGGAAGUAUUCCUACAAAAAUAACAGUCGAGAUUAUGACAUUCAAGAAGAACAUACCGAAAAACGUCACAAACAUCUGCAAAAACAUUAAAAACAUCAACAACAACAUCAACAACAACAAUUACAUCAACAAUUUUAAUAAAAUUAAACUUGACAAAAUAAGAAAUAUUGCUUACAUAAACAAAAAUAAUAUCGACAACUGCAACUACAACUUUAACAAAAAUGUCAAGAAAAGCAGUCGUAGCAGCAACUACAUCAUUGCUAAUGGCAGCAAUCGCAACGAGAUCAACAACAACAACAUCAAAGCAGACUCUCAUUAUGAGGACACUGAAAGUAGAGAUAAAACAAUUCUGUAUAAAACUGUGGCUCUUAAAACCAACAACAACAGAAACAACAACAGCAACAUUUAUAAAAAUAGUUACAAAAAGUAUAAAAAGUUCUACAAAAUUCAUAAAGCCAUCAACAAGAUCAAUAAAAAUAUCAAUAUAGAUGUCUAUAGAAGAAACAACAACAACAGCAGCAGCAACAACAACACCACCACUGACAACAACAACAAAAGCAACAACAAUCACAACUUCAACAUCAACAACAACGACAAAAUAUCCAACCCGAAAAAUAAAAUUAUUAAUAAAACUGACAUAAUUAAAUUCACCAAAACCGCAACAAAAAUGUUGAUUGAUAGUUAUUCGCGGACGCAUCACAUUUCCAACAAAAAUUUCAUCAGAAGAAAAUUCAUCAACCGAUCCGAAAUCGCUGGGCAUAUCAAAUGUAUGGUUUUCUUUUUAUCAAUAUUUUUAUUCACUUUUUUUUAUAAUUAA